AUGUAUAGUCCAAAUUAUCCACAUGGAGAAUUUAAUGGACAAAUUGGUGCUAUUCCAUAAUAACCUGGUUAACUAAUACAAAAUGCCAAGUUUACAGCAAAAAAAGAUUAUGCAACUUGGGCCUAAGAAGUUCCUCCAUUAAGACCAAAAUCUAGGGAAAUGGAAUUAAUGGAUCUACUACUUGUCAAUAAUAUCGCUAAAAAAUAAACUAGUCUUCCUUAUAUAAAUUAAAACAGAUCUCCUAAACCUGAAAAUGUUUAAACUUCUAGAUUACUAGUGCCUAUGCACCCCUAAUAUCAUCAUCUUAGUCCCUAUCCUAUUCCACCAGGAUAUCCACUACCAAAUAUGAAUCAAGUUUAGUAAUUCCAGUAUUUUCCUGCACCUUAUGCAUAGAAUUAAAUUGCCCAUAUGCCCCAAUAAUAAAUAAUACAUUCAAACAGAAAUUCAGAAUCUACUCUUGAAUACAUGAAGGAAAUGAUUAAGAAAUAAAAUGAAUUUCAGGCAAGAUAAGAAAAACUAGAAAAAUAAUUAAUCAAAUUGAGAAAAAAACCUUAUAAAUUAAAUGAGCAAACCGAAAUGUCAUUUAAAUAACCAAAGUUAUUCGAUAUACCUCCACCUAUCUACCCAUUUGAAUAACCAAGGAUUAUAACCAAUAGGCAAAGUGAUAAUAAGAAAGUAAAGAAACUAAAUUACUAAAUAAACAUGCUCAAAGAACUUUAAUAAAUAAAGAACAUUAGUAACGGAGUACUGGAAAGUGAAAGUUAAUCUAGCGAGUCUAGUGUGGAGUAUGUGUAGAAACCUAGAAAGCAACGACUUAAACCAGUUCCAAUCCCACCGUAUUAUGAUUUGACUUAGGAUGAAUAGAGAUUGAAGAAUCUGAUCAAACAAAACAGCAACUAUAAAAUAAAAAGAAUUUUUAUCAUGGUUACUUAUUUAAUGUUCCAAAAAAAAUAGUUUAUGAAAGUCGGACCGAUUAAAAACCAAAUAUCCAAAGAUAAAACUCCUUAAUUGGAAAAUGAAUAUAAAACAGAAUUGAUGAGAUUUUCACCCACUGUAAGUGAUCCUUUGGUGUAGAAAAUGGCUUAAAUGAAGGUUAAUUUAAGAGUAGUCGCAACUCCAGAACAGAAAGUGACUCCUAAGGCCUUAAUCUAAAACUCGAAUGCUUUAAAAUAAUAUAUUUCAGAUGUAUUCCAAGCAGUUUCUAAUUACUCCCUUAAGAAAAACUCUCUAGAGUACCUUAGCAAAAUAACACGAGAUUUUGAAUUCCUAUAAUAAAACUAUCAUUCGAAGUUCGAGCUAAAUAGAUUAUAAUUUGGAUAUUCAGGAUGUCUUAAAAACAUGUAACCUGCAACUCAAAAUUUGAUGAUCAUUAUAAAUUUUUGGAUCAGGUUUUUCAUUCCUUUGAGUUUUCCUGAGACUUAAAAGAAUAUUAAAGAUAUUAAUGAGGUGAUGUAAACUAAUUUAAAAACAAUAGUAUCAGCUUUAUAUCAAAUAGCCUUGCAAGCAUGCAAAAAUUUAGCUUAACCUAUUCCAAACAAUACUAAGGAGAUUCCAACAGAAAAUAUCACAAAAGAAAAGAAUCCCUUUUUGAUUAGAUUAGAUUAAUUCAGAGAAACAUAGGAGGAAAUGAAUUUAAUGACCAGAAUGUAAACGGACAAAUUAGAUGAACCUCUGCUGUAUCCGGUAUACACUUUAAGAGAGAUGGAUAAAUUUUUUGACAAUGAAAGAUCGUUUAUAACUGAGAAAAUCCAAUAUUUAAUUAAUUGGUGCAGUGGAGUGAUGGAAUCUGUCAACAAUUUUAAAUAACAGGAGAGACAAGAGAUGCGAAAACAAAAAAAGCAAUAAUUGGAUAUACUGAAUUAAAAUGUGAUUGAACCUAAAAAAAAUAAGGUGGCAUAAAUUAUUAAGGAUCAGAAAACAUUAUAUUAAUAGAAUAGUUCAGAAAUAAAACAAUUGAAAUAAAAGAUUCAAGAGGAGAAGGAGAAGAACGAAAAAAUGAAGAAGGAUUAUGACGAAGCCGUAAAAAAGCAUGAAGAAAAAUAAGAAAAAUUGAUAUUAUUAGGUGUCAAAUGA